AUGCCAGCUUUGGAACAGGAGAGUUAAGGAUACUGCUCAGUUGUCCAACAGAGGCAGCUUGGAGGGUCUGGGACUUAAACACAGACCUUCAGAUCAACAACCCACAGCCUUAACCACUAGAGCCACCUUUGUGUAUUAGACAUGUGGAUCUACAUGCUUCUGUUUGGGAUGCAGAUUUUCAGCACUGCUCUCACUGCAUCCGGUGGUUCCAUAACAGUUAAACUUCAUCACAAUGUUACACUCACCUGUGAGCAGAAAUGUUCAGGUGUACUCAGAUGGAGCAGGAAUCGUGCGACUGUGGCUCAGUGUAAUCAGAUGUCCUGCAGCUCUAAAGAAGGCUUUAUUCUCUCUCAUGACCAGUUCCUGAAGGGGAAUCUGUCUCUCACCAUUACUGCAGCUGAUUACAGCAGGAGAGGUUUAUACACUUGUCAGUGCGAUGAGGCAGACCUCAGUCACGUGCGACUCCUCAUUCAGACUCAAGAGAUGACCUGUGUAAUUGCCCUGGGCGAGCCCAUAGACGUGCCCUUGCCCCUCACUGACCAGGUGGAGGUGAGAUUUACUGAGAGUAAUGCUGCACAACCGUCAGACAUGCAGAUCUGCACUGUGGACCAUGAGGAGAUCAAGUGCAGCUCAGAUUACAGAGCAAGAUCUUCUCGCCUCAACACUCUGCAGAUUACAGAUGGACGUGUCUCUGACACUGGGAGCUACACAGUACGAGAUCAAAUGAACAAUGAGACUCUGGCCAUCUUACGGGUCCAAGUGAGGGAGGAGCAACCAGGUCCAGACAGGAGGCAGGAGUGUGUUAUGCCAGUAUGGCUGCUGGUGUUGGUUCUGGUGCUGGUUGUGUCUGCAUUUGUGGUCCUGUUGGUGAUGCAUGUGCGACUGAAGAGAGAGAUUCUGCAGCUUCGUGGGGAACAUAAUCAGCUUGGAAUGAAUGGACUUCACAGUACACACCAGAGCAGGAGAUCUCUGUACACAACAGUGUCACAAAGUAGCAGCAAUGAGAACUUAUAACUGGGGACAUAUGAUUUUUUUCUUAUCUUAUCUUACAUCUCGGUUACAUCUCUGCUUAUGACCUCAGAAUAGCGGACACUCCAGUUACACUGACUCUCUGGGAGCAGGGAACAUCUGUGAUGCAAAAGAAGUGUAUCAACACACUGAUUACACAACAACAACAACAAUAAUAAUAAUAGGUCUAUAAUCAGGAGUCUUCCUUUUGCAGGGAACUUGCUGGAGGGAAAUUUUUUAAUUCUGUUUAUCACCAUGUAAAUUUAUGGCACACAUUUGUUUUUUUACAAAACAUAAAAACUUUAGAUUUAUAAAUGUGUUUGUUAUGUACAUUAGGUAGUAUGGGAUUUUGUGUAUAAAAAAAAAAACACUUUUUUUUUGUCCAUAUGUCAGUGAUGUGUUCUUCACAUCAUUAGUCAUCUCACUGUUUUCUAUGACUGACUUUUACAUUUGGAUGAAAAGUAUUUUAUUCUGCUGAGCUCAGAGUGAUGCUGAUCUACAGAUACAUGAAUAUUGAAGGUGUUUUGAAUAUUAAGCUGUUUCAUGUAUUUUUGUAUUUAAGUUUUUAACUGUAUAGGUGAGUGUGUUUUAAACCAUAUUCUUAUACUUUGUACGGUUCUGUACAGUCCUGAUGCUCUUAAUGUGAGUUUUUAUGAAUGUUACACCUUUUUUUAACAUGGAAGUGUUUAAAACAGGUUUGCCAGAUCUCAGGGGCGUGCCUGAGAUUUAAAGUAAAAGCAAAACAAACAAUGUCGCAACAGGAAGUAGAGUUCAGACUUCAGCUGAACACGCACAUGAGGUCUUCGUUUCAUAUUUACUUUCUUUCUCUCAGUCUUGAAGAUUCACUCGGUGUCUGGGAUUAAUGAACAUUUUAUUUAAAUUCAUCUUCACUUUUCUUCAGGCCUGGAUGUGGUUUUAUUCUGCUUUUCCUGUUUUUGGUUUCUGGCCGUCAGAGUUAAAGGUCUCUUAAUCAGUGAUUCCAGAUACGUGAAAAGCUACAAGAUCCAAAUGCUCCUGUUCAGUUGUCUGAUCUUAAACUUUAUUGCCUUAGUGUCAGUUGGACACUUUGUGAAGAUCAGGCGUAAUGAGUCGGGUACUCUGCCCUGUAAACGGAGAUGUCCUGGUUUGGUCAGAUGGGUCAUGAGCCACAGUCGAGAUGUUGUUGUUGCACAGUGUGACCAGACGUCCUGCAGCUCAGAGGCGGGGUAUGACAUGUCUCACUCUCUGUACCUGAAAGCAGAUCUCUCUCUCACCAUCACUGCAGCUGAUUACCAUCAGAGAUCCUGGUACACGUGUCAGUGCGAUGGUAAAGACGUCUGUGACGUGCGCCUCAGUGUGGAGCGUGUUAACUUCAGCAAAGCGCUGGAACCUGGAGAUUCACUCACUAUGGAUUUGCUGAUCUCCGAGAGAGUAAAGAUCACAUUUAACAGGAGCCAUGAUGAUGGAACUCAGAGCUCUGUGACACUCUGUACAGUCGAGGGACAUGAAGUUGUCUGUAACCCAGAAUAUAAGAAGAGAACCUCCUUCCACUCGUCUUUCUCUCUGACAGAUUUAAAGGAGAGUGACUGUGGUGUCUACACCGUGUGGGACACUGAGAAUGAUGAGAUCAUAUCUACAUACACUGUCACACUCAAAGGAAAGAACAGACCUCCGUCUUUACAAGGUGGAGAGUCUUGCAGCCUGCUUGUUGCAGUCGUGUUCAUUUCGGGUUUUGUGUUUGGUGUUUUGGUGCAUCGUUUCGUCUAUCCAUGGGUGAUACAAAAGAUAUCAAAUUGCUUUAAUAGGGCCAAGAGAAAAAAUUCAAAGCGUUCUGAGUGUAAUCAGACCACUGCAGAGGAGAAUUCUGCUGAACUGGUCCAGCUGAAAGUCUCUCCAGUAGGCAGUUAGAGGAGUGUUAACAUGAUCCUCUACUCACAUUCACACUGCUAUGAGAGAUGACCAGAGAGAGGAAGCAUUACAUUAUUUCAUUCAGUCAUCUAGUUCUUCAUACUCAAUCUUUUUACUUUAUUCUGACACAAAAGUUGUUGCCUUUUAAAAGGAAAACGUAUUUCAUUGUUCAGAGAGGACUUUAUUUCUCCAUUCUUUGUACACAUCAAGCUCAAUGGAAGUAGCUGAGUUUUUGUGUAAACUUUUAAGCAAUUUAUCCAAUUGUUUAGUAGCAUUAAAGGCAGGGUGCACGAUGUUUGAGAAAUGCUUCAGAAAACCGAGUAGGCCCGACAAACAAAACAAACGUGUAGCCAAUGAGCAGAAGGGGCGUGUCGUGUCAAUAUGCGGUCGAGAGAGUGUUCAGUGUGCAUGUGUGACAUUAGCAGAAAGUGAUUGAAAGAUUGACAUGGCGGAGACCUGCCCAUUACCUCUGCCUCGGGUUAUAGGUGUUGAACGUUGUCUUCCACUAAACCUUUCACGGUACAACACACAGUACUACAAAAACACAUUUGUAUUACCAUCGUAUUACUCAUUGAAUUCAUUUAUUGAUAAAAAAUAUCCCCUCGGCCAGCUGCCCCAGCAGGUUCCGCCAU